AUGGCCUCCACUCCAGCACACCUGGAGCCCUCCAAGCUCGGAACAAAAGAAUACUGGGCAUCCCUCUACACAACCGAACUCACAAACAAUGCCCAGAACCCAGAGGACCGCGGCACAGUCUGGUUCGACGACUCGGACGCCGAGUCCAAGCUCCUGACCUACCUCGAAGACCUGACCGAGUCCGCCCCCUUCGACCAUUCCCUCCGCCAGGCCGACGCCACCUUCCUCGACCUCGGCUGCGGCAACGGCUCCCUCCUCUUCGCCCUCCGGGACGAGGGCUGGGCGGGCCGCGCCCUCGGCGUCGACUACGCCCCGCAGAGCGUCGAGCUCGCGCGGCGGAUCGCGGCGCAGAGGCAGCAGGCUACCUCCACGGAGGACGAAGACAUGUCUGACGUGCCGCCCGUCGGGGAAGAGGACGACGAGGCAGAAGCCAACGAGCCCGAGUUCGAAGAGUGGGAUGUCCUGAACGGGCCGUGGGAGACCGUUCUCAACGGACCCCAAGUGGAGGGAUGGGACGUCGUGCUCGACAAGGGCACCUUUGACGCCAUUUGCCUCAGCGACGAAAAAGACGGGCAGGGACGGCGCAUCUGCGAGGGAUACAGGGGCCGCGCGCUCCGCCUCGUCAAGCCCGCCGGCCUGCUCCUCAUCACGAGCUGCAACUGGACUGAGGAGGAGCUCAGGAAAUGGUUCGAGGGCCCUUCCAAUGAGGGAGAUGCUGGCAAGUUUGUUGCCGUGGGCAAGGUAGAUUACCCUAGCUUCACCUUUGGCGGCGCCAAGGGCCAGACCAUCAGCAGCUUGUGUUUCCAAAGACAGGCGUAG